ACACUGAACACGUGACUCUGACGCUAAAGAGGAAGUCGUUUACUCUAGCGUGCACAUUUGUUUACAGCCACGAGUACUCUGUCCGUACCUCGGCAGGACUGUUCUGUGCGAUUCAAGGGCUUUGCUGAUCAGUAUAAUAGUCAAAAUACUGUCCGAGCGCCACUGCAACUGCGCGCCUGUCAUUUGUUUAGGAGCAGCAGAGACCUUUUAGCAUGUCUCAGACAUGCUAGCUGGCGACACACGAAGAAACCUUCCACGUUAUACUGUGAUGCCCCAGUGACCGCGUCAUCAUCGUACCUGUACAUCGCCGCAUUUGCAUGCAGGUGGGAUUCUCAUGUCUCUGAGUGAGCCAACGUGUACUACCCGUUAGCUUUCUGGCAGACAAGCUAACAUGGAGGUAACACAAGACACCGUGACCUCUCAGACAAUGAACUGAGACGACAAGGGAUAAUGAAACUGAAUGACCAAAGACCCAGCAGUGCACUAUGGCAUUGACUGAAGUAUACUGGGACCACCACAUACCCCUGCCAAAGCUUGCUCCUGUUCAGGCCAAGGUCACCGUUGCCUUGGUGGCACUCCUGUGCUUCAUUAACAGUUAUGAUGGAGACUUUGUAUUUGAUGAUUCUGAAGCAAUUGUUAACAACAAGGAUUUGCGCCCUGCAACACCUCUGAACAACAUCUGGAGCAAUGACUUCUGGGGAACCAACCUGAGUAGCAACUCUAGUCACAAAUCCUACCGACCUCUCACUGUCCUUACAUUCAGGCUGAACUACCUCGUAGCGGGAGGCCUUCACCCCGUUGGCUUCCAUGUGCUCAACAUCAUCCUCCAUGCUGUCAUAUCCGCCCUUAUGAUUGACGUGUUUGCAGUACUUAUUGGUGGACUGGCCUACGAUGAGAAGGGCAGGAUACUGAACCACGCUCCGAAGACCUCUUUGCUUGCUGCCAUCUUCUUUGCCGCACACCCAGUUCACACAGAAAGUGUAAGUAGAGUUGAAGUGUUUAUUUAUAUGCAUAAUAUUAUAAGUAAAGAGACAAUCAAAUAUAAUUACUACUACUCCCUUAAUGCCUGGCUGCUGCUGUGUCCCUGGUGGCUGUGUUUUGAUUGGUCCAUGGGUUGUGUGCCUCUCAUUAAGUCAGCCACUGAUUGGAGGAUAGUCUGGCUGCUGCUGCUCUGGUGCAUCCUGGUAGGCUUGAUAAGCCAAGCCUUAUGCUCACAGGACAGCCAGAGGAGGAGGACUUUGACCCUGGGUCUGGUGCUACUGGUGGUCCCUUUUCUGCCUGCGAGCAACAUUUUUUUCAGGGUGGGCUUUGUCAUUGCUGAGAGAGUUCUCUAUCUGUCUUCAGCCGGCUACUGCCUACUGCUGGCAUACUCUUUAGGACACUGCUGCUGCCGUUGGUCCAAAUACAGGAAGUUGCUGUGCGUCAUGGUGCUUGCACUGUUGUGUGUGUAUGUAGUGCGCUGUGCUCUCCGCAGUCACCAGUGGCGUUCAGAACAAAGCCUCUUCACCAGCGCCCUUUCUGUCUGUCCGCUCAACGCCAAGGUGCAUUAUAAUGUGGGUAAGAACCUGGCUGACAGAGGGAACACCACUCCAGCUAUUACAUAUUACAGAGAAGCAGUCAGGCUACACCCUACAUACGUCCAUGCAAUGAACAACCUGGGGAAUAUCCUGAAGGAGAAAAAUGAACUUGUGGAAGCAGAGCAGCUGUUGUCUAAAGCUGUUUCCAUUCAGCCUGACUUCGCUGCAGCUUGGAUGAAUCUGGGAAUAGUUCAGAACAGCCUCCAGAAGUUUGAGGAGGCAGAGAAGAGUUACUGGAACGCCAUCCGCUUCCGGAGAAAAUACCCAGACUGCUACUAUAACCUGGGACGCUUGUAUGCCGACCAGAACAGACACCUGGAUGCCCUAAACGCCUGGAGGAAUGCAACUGUGCUAAAACCUGACCACAGCCUGGCGUGGAACAACAUGGUCAUUCUGCUGGACAACACCGGUAACUUGGGUCAAGCAGAGCUGAUCGGCCGAGAGGCUCUGAGAGUCCUCCCAAACGACCACACCAUCAUGUUUUCAUUGGCUAAUGUCCUGGGGAAAUUACAAAAAUAUGAGGAGUCAGAGGGCUUCUUUCUUCACGCCCUCCGGAUCAACCCAAAUGCUGCUAGUUGCCAUGGAAAUUUAGCUGUGUUGUAUCAUCGCUGGGGGAAGCUGGAGCUGGCAAAGAAACACUACGAGCUUUCUCUAAAGUUGGACCCUGAGGCUCCUGGGACCAGAGACAACUACAACAUGCUGCGACGCAAACUGGACCAACUUAAACGCAGCACACCCUGAGGGAACCCACUUUGACUCCUGCCUACUGAAGAACAAAUUGUUUCACUUGAUAUUAUUUGAGCUCACACUAAUUCUGGCUUUGAAACAUUUGGAAAUAAAGACCACGAUCUGUUAAUAA